UUUGGAAAGGACAUCCCUCUAAUACUGGGUGUAUAAAAAUGCCAUGCAAGGUGAAAUUGCUGCACAUUGUCAUGUGUGAAGUGAUGGACAUCUGCAAGUUUCCUCACCUACACAGUUAAAUUUGUGGCCAGUUUUCUCCAAGAUUCUGAAUUUUUAGCAACUUAAUACGAUCAGAGAUUUUGACAUGCAGGCUUUUUCUGUGCAAGAAAAAGAAACAAAACAAAACACAUAAUGGAUUUUAAUUUUUCCAUAUAUACAACAUCUUUGACUUUAGAAUCACUGGAAUUGUCUCCCUCCAAUGUUUUCCCAGCAUUCAUGUUUGGAACUCUCACCUAUUGUGCCAUUUUGGUUUUCAAUAUGACUGUAUUGCUAACAAUUGCUUUAAAUCAGAAACUCCAUAAGCCUAUGUAUAUUCUAUUGUUUAACUUGCCACUCAGUGAUAUGAUGGGUGCCUCAGCCUUUUUCCCUCAGCUGGUAUCUAGUUUACUGUCACAGAGUAGAUCCAUCACUUACUCUGCUUGUUUUGUGCAAGCUUUUCUGGUACAUCUGUAUGGAACUGGAACAUUUCUCACUCUCAGUGCUAUGGCUUAUGACAGAUACAUUGCUAUUUGUUGUCCAUUGAAAUAUAACACCUUGAUGUCUCCAAAAAACUUGCUGAAAAUAAUUAUUAUAAUAUGGACCUCAAAUUUUACUUUGAUUGGUUUACUACUUGCACUGAACUACCGCAAAGAGAUUUGUAGCACAAAAAUAGUGGACAUUUUCUGCAAUAAUCCAUCUUUGAUGAAGCUGGUAUGUGGAGAUACGAAGUUAAAUAACUAUUAUGGACUGUUUAUAAUAGCUUUUUUUGAAGGCCUGUCUCUGCUGAUAUUGAUGUUCACCUAUAUCCAAAUCUUAAUCACUGUUGUGGUUAAAAGACAAUCUGAUGCCAAAAGUAAAGCACUUCAGACCUGUGGUACACACCUAAUUGUUUUCUUAUGCUUUCAGUUCACCUCAUUCUUUGCCUUGAUAGCUCAUAGAAUUGAGACAGCGUCCCCAAACUUACGACGGGCCUUUGGUGCUUCUGCCAUAAUAUUUCCUCCAAUAAUUAAUCCUCUUAUAUAUGGACUGAAAACAAAAGAAAUUCGGCAGAAUUUAAUUUUCUUUUUCCGAAAGAAAUUUCCCCAAUAA